AUGGAUUCAGCUCAUUCGUCCACGCCUUCCGCCCUUUCCGCCACGAUUGACGGGACCAGCGACGCGGCGUUAGAGGAGGCCAUCUCGUCGGCGCAGACCGCCAUCGCGGGGCUCGUGCAGGCCGUCCACGUGGCAAAGCGCAAGCAGCUCCAGCUCCGCCGCCGAUCGCGGGGAACUCGAGACAACUCGACGCUCGGCGAUAAUCCCCCCGUAUCCGCCGUGACUCGCGCCAUGAACGACGGAGGAGUCACCUGUCCAAUUCACGCUGCCUAUCCCUCCGCUCCCGGCGGGCCGCCGGGAGUAUCAUUCCACGCCAGAGAAUCCGAGUUUAUUGGCGGGUCAAAUGCGGUUCCAGGCGCUUCUGGCCGCUACUUUCCACCAGCGCAUUAUUCAUCAGGUGAUAUUCGCGCCGCGAGCUGCGGCGGCGGUGGCGGCGGCGCGAUGGGUGCUGCUGCCGCUCUAUCAGGAGGCGGCAGCAUGUGGAGCCCCGUGAUUCCCGUUCCGCCGGCAUUCGCGGCGGGGUUCCACAUGCUGCCGCCCCCAGGGGUUCCUUUCGCGUUGCCUCCGCCGCCGGCGGCCGCGCUGGCUGCUUUCCGCGGAUUCGGCGGAGCUGCUGCGCUUGCUCCGAGCGAAACUCCUGCCAGCCCCGCGCUUCUGGGGGAGAAACGGCGCCGCGGACGACCGCGCGGGUCAGGCACAGGAAAUAAGCGGAGCAAAACGAUGGCGGCGGUGGCGGUUGUAGGGGGAGAGAAGCCGCAGGUCGCGACUGCGACUGCCACUGGCAGUGGCAGUGGUCGGGCGCUGAGUGUUGGGCGCAAGUCACGCGGCGGCGAUCACCGAGCAAGCAAGCACUGCCAACGCUCCGAGUCUGCUGCGGACAGCGGCAGCGUCGGAAGUGGUAGCGCAGGAGGGGGAAGCGCUGCUGUGGAGAGCGCUGAUUCCGAGAUCUCUGCGCCAACCAUCACAGCGGCAGAUGCGGCUGGUGCGGCAGCGGCAGCGGCGGCGUUGGGCGGCACGCCGGGCAGCGGGAUGUAUAAGGGUGUGCGGCAGCGGCGGUGGGGCAAGUGGGUGACGGAGAUCCGAGAGCCGAGCCGGCGGUCGCGCAUCUGGCUGGGGUCGUUUGACUCGUGGGAGGACGCCGCGCGCGUGUAUGACAUGGCCGCCUGGCUGCUGCGCGGACCCAAGGCACAACUCAACUUCCCCCCGCCGCCUCCUCCAAAGGGCAAAUCCUGCUGUCCUGCCGCUACAGGUGCUGCAGGCGAUGCAGCUGCUGCAGGAGGCGCUACAGACAGUGCAGGCGACGCAGCCUCUGCAGGCGCUACAGCCAGCACAGCUGAAGGCUCUUCUGAGAAGACCGGCCCUGCCCUGCUCCCCGUGCUGAUGCCGGCCACUACAGCCGACGCGCUGCUGACGGCGGCCCGUGGGUGUGCCACGUGGCAGGGCGCGGAGGACGCCGUUGCUGAGCUGGCAGCGGCGCUUAAGGCUGUGGAGGGCAAGGGGGGCAUGGUGGAGGUGACCGGUGGGCCGGCUGCUAGGAGGUUCGCGGCUGGAGAGUGGGUCGGGGAGCUGGUUGGCGACGGUACGGAGGAGUCUGGAGCGGUGGAGUGCAGUGCUGAGGGGGUGCAGGAGAGCGACUUGGAAGCGGCGUUGAAGCCGCUUCUUGCUGCAGUGGAUGGGGGGAAGAGCAGUGAUUCGGGCAGUGAGAAGAGCACCGGGCCUUGCAAUAGCUUCUCUGGUAGCGACGAUGGCAACAACAGCAAUGACAUCAGCGACAGCAAUGGCGAUGGCACCGACGGUCACGAUGGUAUUGACAGGCUUCACAGCCUGGAUAGCCUGGAGUCGUUUCUGGAGGGCAGCAUCGGGAACCCUGGCACUGACACUGACACGCACGGCUCCACGGCUCGUUCCGCAUUCUCCUUCUGGCUAGAUGGCGACUGCGACCUGGACUGCAACAUGCCGUCGCUGCUGCACGAGACUCCCCUGGACGAGCCGGGGAUGAUGCAGACGGGGAUGAUGGGGAUGGGGAUGGAAUAUGAAGGCAAGAUGGCUAUGGAACAUGGGCGCAUGCUCGUGUUGGAUGAUCAUGCUGGUUUUUGCGAUGGCUUGGACAUGCUAGGCUCUGUGCCGGCUGUAGUGGGGACAGCCCAUGAGGGCCCCGGGGCUGGGCUGUCGGAGUUCAACCUGUGGGAUCUCUAG